AUGAAUGCAGCAGAUUUGAAAUAUUUAUCGUACAUUGUAGUACCUAAAAAACAAAACGAUAAUCGAAAAGGUCGACCUCCUAAUGAACGUUAUGCUUUUCAGAAACAGCAUCCACAGGCGACAACAUAUGUAAUGAUGAAAUAUACUCAAUCUCGUGUACCUAUUCUUUAUGGUCCUCAAAUUCCUCGACAAGACCGUGAUGACACACGAGAGCGGUACUGUCGAGCUCUUCUAACACUUUUUGUGCCCUGGCGUUCCGUAGCUGAUCUUUGUGCCAUCGAGCAGACAUGGGAAGAUGCAUUUAAAUCUCAACAGCAUCUUAUAUCUACAUAUUCGAUGACAAUCAUAGAAAAUAUUCAACUUUUACAUGAAUGCAAAAAGGAUCGUGAUGAACAUUUACUUCAAGUUAUUGCCGAAGCUCAAACUGAUGAUGAUGUGAUUGAUCCUGUAUUUUUACCACCAAAUCAAGAUAUUUAUGGUGACGAUGGAAUCGACGACAGUGAAGAUUUACUUGAGUUACUCGGUAGUUUAGACGAAUAUACUACGACUGCGAUGAAUUCCAUGAAAAAGUCAACAGAAAG